UAAAACGCAGUGGAAUUUAGAUAUUGGGUUUUUUCGUUUUUUGUUGGAGGACUUGAGCUAUGAGAGUUGGUGACGUUUGUGCAGGAUUGUGAGGAUUCAAGCUGUGGUGAAGCAUCUCUAGGAGGAUCUUCCAGUGUCGGCAAAGUGCAGGCAUGGCUGGACCAAGUAGCGUAGUGCUGAUGAGCGGAGGGAUUGAAAGUGCAGUGUUGCUUUACAACUGGAGAUCGUCUUCCGCCCUUCUUCAUCCUCUGUACAUCAAUUAUGGACAAAGGGGGGCAGCAAUGGAGGAGCGGGCGAGCGACAAGAUUUGCAAUAACCUCGGGUUAGAGUUGAGUCGCAUCGACAUGUCCGCGGUGGGGAAUAAAUUUAGAGAAUUGCAGCAUGGGGCCAAGUCGUUCGUGCCACUGCCUCACAGAAAUCUUGUGAUUCUAGGGCUUGCGGCCAGCUAUGCCAGUCAGGUAGGAUCAAGUAAAGUUGCCCUUGGCCUCAACAAAGAUGACCUUGGUUCAUAUUCUAGUGCUUCUCAAAAUUUCAUGGAUAGUUUCCGUUCAACAGCGGCCUCGCUGGAGCCACCUGUGACUUUGAUUGCUCCUUUGAGCCAUUUCACCAAGGCUGAGGUGAUCAGGUUAGGCAAGCGCCUGGGUGUGCCCUUCGCUGAUACUUACAGCUGCAUGGUCGGCCGGCCUGUCCAUUGCGGUCGUUGUCAUCAGGAUCAUGACCCCGAGCAGAAGUGAACAAGCUAGAAUAAGGAAAGUUCUUUUACCAAUUCAGUGUCAACUGGUAUUGGAAGCAGUGCAGAUCAAGGCAACUGGCUUUUGCUUCGGCCUCAGAACAGGAGCCUGCUGGAUUCUAUGAGAGGUGACACUUGAAGGGGAGUGUAUAACUCAAGGCUAUCAGGGAUCUGACCUUCUGAAGGUGUUGUGCCCCCAAGGCCACAUACAGAUUAGAAUGGCAACAUUCACUUCACGUUCGGAUUUCCUUUCGGCUGCAAAUUUAGUGGGUCGAAGUUGGAUGCAAGUGCAAUGUCCAGAUAAGCCAUAGUCUCAGCCCUUAACAAGGUGGAAUAGCACAUUGGAUUCGGGUGAGCAAAAAGGUGACACGAUGAAGAUGGACAAUUCGUAUAGAAAUGCAACAUAUCCAACAUGAUUUUGUUUGCUGUCCUCAAAUGGAUUGGAUUGACAGAGUUCACGUGCAGGUAUAGACAAGGUAACCUAGAAGAAGGAUACAUUUUUCAGGCUUUUUGGGUAAGACCCAGUGUAGAGAUUUGUUCUUAUCAAUCCAAUGGGCUAUUUAAGAUUGGCUCAGUUGUGCAGAA